UGUUAGUCACGUGUCGUCACACGAUGGCGUCUCAUCUCGCGAGACGUAUACGAGAAGUUGCUUGCUCUGUCAGCGGAAGAAAAACGCCACUUGAAUCAGCGUAAAAAAAGAUAACACGAAGAUGACAACCAGGCUGAUGCAGGCGGCGCGAUGCCCGACUGACAAAUUGUCUAUGACCAACUGUGCCGUCAUCAACGAGAAAGAGCCACAGUUUGAGCAACAUGUGACUGUGCGCAACCUAACCCACAAGUAUGUGUUCACCUUGAAGACGCACCCGAGCAUCAACAUGGGCAGCAUCGCCUUCAACCUCCCACAGAGAAAAUGGGCCGGUCUAUCCAUCGGGCAAGAGGUGGAAGUCUCCAACUACACGUUUGACAAGUCCAAGCAGUGCAUUGGCUCAAUGACAGUGCAGAUCGAUUUUCUGCAAAAGAAGAACGCCGACAGCAGCCCGUACGACUCGGACGUGAUGGCCAACGACUUCAUUCAGCAGUUCAACCACCAGGCCUUCACCACAGGCCAGCAGUUGGCUUUUAAGUUUGGCGAUAAGACAUUUGAGGUGCUGGUGAAAGAUAUGGAAGGCAUGGACCCCAGCAUCCUAAAGGGCGACCAGAGCUCGGUCAAAAAAGCCAAGAUUACUAUUGGCUUGUUGCUGUCAAACAGUCAGGUGGUCUUUGAGAAGGCGGAGAGUUCCUCCAUGACGCUGAUUGGGAAAUCCAAGACCCGAGAGUCUCGCCAAUCCAUCAUCAACCCCGAUUGGAGCUUUGAGAAAAUGGGCAUCGGCGGCCUCGAAAAGGAGUUUUCCGACAUCUUCCGCCGAGCUUUCGCCUCGCGAGUUUUCCCUCUGGACAUCGUGGAACAGAUGGGCUGCAAGCACGUGAAGGGCAUCCUACUCUACGGCCCGCCGGGCUGCGGCAAGACGCUGAUGGCGCGGCAGAUCGGCAAAAUGCUCAACGCCCGCGAGCCCAAGAUCGUCAACGGCCCCGAGAUCCUCAACAAGUACGUGGGCGAGUCGGAGGCCAACGUGCGCAAGCUGUUUGCCGACGCCGAGGACGAGCAGAAGAGGCUGGGCGCCAACAGCGGCCUGCACAUCAUCAUCCUGGACGAGAUCGACGCCAUCUGCAAGCAGCGAGGAAGCAUGGCGGGCAGCACGGGCGUCCACGACACGGUGGUCAACCAGCUGCUUUCCAAGAUAGACGGCGUGGAGCAGCUCAACAACAUCCUGCUCAUCGGUAUGACCAACCGGCCGGACCUGAUCGACGAGGCCUUGCUGCGGCCCGGAAGGCUGGAAGUCAAGAUGGAGAUCGGCCUGCCGGAUGAGAAGGGGCGCGUUCAGAUCCUCAACAUCCACACGGCCAAGAUGCGGCAGUCCAAGUUCCUGGCCGACGAUGUGGAUGUCAAGGAGCUCGCCGCCGAGACCAAAAACUUCAGCGGAGCCGAGCUGGAAGGCCUGGUCAGGGCGGCGCAGUCCACCGCCUUGAACAGGCACAUCAAGGCCAGCAACACGGUGGAGGUCAACAUUGAUACGGCGGAGAAGCUGCAGGUCAGCAGGCUGGACUUCAUGGCCUCCCUCAACAACGACAUCAAACCCGCGUUCGGCACCAACCAAGAGGACUACGCCAGCUACAUCAUGAACGGCAUCAUCCGCUGGGGCGAUCCGGUGUCGGCGGCGCUGGAGGACGGGGAGCUGCUGGUGCAGCAGACCAAGAACAGCGAACACACGCCGCUGGUUUCGGUGCUGCUGGAGGGUCCGCCCAACAGCGGGAAGACGGCGUUGGCGGCCAAGAUCGCCGAAGACUCGCAGUUCCCUUUCAUCAAGAUCUGCUCCCCUGACAAGAUGAUCGGCCAUUCGGAGAUUGCUAAAUGCCAGGCUAUCAAAAAGAUAUUCGAGGACGCCUACAAGUCUCAGCUCAGCUGCAUCCUGGUGGAUGACAUUGAGCGCUUGUUGGACUACGUGCCCACCGGCCCUCGCUUCUCCAACCUGGUGCUGCAAGCUCUGCUGGUCCUCCUCAAGAAGCCUCCCCCCAAGGGUCGCAAGCUGCUGAUCAUCGGCACCAGCAGUCGCAAAGACGUCCUCCAAGAAAUGGAGAUGCUCAACGCUUUCAGCACCACCAUCCACAUUCCCAACAUCUCCAAUGGCGAGCAGCUGGUUGAGGCCCUGGAGCUGCUGGGAAGCUUCCAGGAGAAGGAACGGGUGGCCAUCGCCAACGCUGUCAAGGGCCAGGGCCUCUGGAUCGGCAUCAAGAAGUUAAUCAUGCUCAUCGAGAUGGCGAUACAGAUGGAAGACCACUACCGAGUUAGCAAGUUCUUGAGUCUGCUGCGAGACGAGGGAGCACUGGGCUCGGUUAUGGCAAUGUAGAAGGGCCGCUGCCACCAAAAGGGACCCCCGCAACAGAUAAAGACGAACGUCCUCCUGUCGUGACACGUCCCUCGCACGCCACAAAAACCUUGCGAAUGAGGGACGUCGACUGGAUCUGUGUAUAUUGUCAUCGGCGAUGAUCAGUGAGGUCCUUUUUUUUUUAAUUGGAAAAAAAACAAA